AUGAAUAUUUUGCCGUUUUUGAGGGAAUGUCUAAAAAUCAAGAAAACCGUCCGAACUGGCUGGGUGCGACUUGGAGUGAAAGAACCCGAAAAUGUGUCGGAGCAUAUGUAUUUCAUGGCGCUUAUGGCAUUGAGUGCGACUCCGAAAGAAUUGAACAAAGAUAGAUGCAUGAAGAUUGCGAUUGUGCAUGACCUGGCUGAAUGCAUUACUGGAGAUAUUGUGCCUGAAAAGUACUCUGGCGUUUCUGAGACUGACAAGCAUAAGAUGGAGAGGGAAGCGAUUGAGAAGAUUUUAGGACUUCUGAAAAGGGAUUUUAUUGAACGACCGGACAAAGAAACCCGCGACCAUAUUCGAGAGCUUUACGAUGAAUAUGAAAAUCAAACCACUCCAGAAGCAAAGUGGGUCAAAGACCUGGACAAACUGGAAUUGAUCCAUCAAGCCAUUGCCUAUGAAAAAUCUGACAACUUGGACCUCUCUGGAAUCAUCGAAAACACACAAGCAAAAGUCAAAACGGAUGCCGGUAAAGAGCUCCUCCGCGAACUGGAAGAUGAAAGAAAUGCGUAUGCACAGAAUACUGCGGAUAAAUCCCCUAAAUAG